UUUCACAUGAUUCACUGUUGUUUUAUACAAGGGAGACAAGUCGUGUACUGUUUAAAUUCAUUCAAAUGUCUUGGAUUGUGUUGGUGUCUGUGUUGGUUGUGGUGACAGUACAAGUUGUGGUAGCUGACGACAUCCACAGCCCUGAGCCCAAGAGGGUGGUGACAUGGUGCUUCUAUGGUGGCAGGAGGUACCGCGUAGGACAACAAUGGAACCCCGACCCCUGCACCUUCUGCCGUUGUGACGUGGGCGGGAAACUGGCGUGUGCCGUGAGGGACUGUGCCAGACCAAACUGUGAAAACUACUACACACCUCCUGGUCAAUGCUGCCCCAUCUGUCCUACGGGCACCGCGUCUGACGUCACAGUUUAAUUAAACACCAGCUUCGUGACUUUAAUUAAUUUAAAAUAUGUUUUGUAAUUUGAUUGUCUUUCAUGUACACUUCCUUAUUUUUUUAUGUUUUAAAUAAAA